AUGGCUGAAAAUGCCGAGUCCGGCGGAGAUGAAGUUGCUUGCAAGACUCGCGACUCCGAUACAGAUGCAGACACUAUUGCCCGCAGAACACGUACUAAGUAUUCUCUUGUUGAUGUCCAAAUUGACACCCUAGAGGCUUCGUUGUGCGAUGUUGAGCUAGAAUUGAUGUCCACAGAAACGGAGGAAGAUCGCGAGUACCAGCGCUUUCUUUCAAGUUUGGUGCCAACAGAGCAAGAAAAUCUGUCGUUCCUCGACGAGGAAGACGAGGAAUAUAAACCAGACGAAGAAGAGGACGACCAAGAGGAUGAAGUGACUCGCCGAGGCAUUUCCAAGAAGGAGUUGACUGAUUUGUUGUUGGAUUCAACUCACAUGACGUUUUUGAAGACGCCGACACCUAUCGCAGCGGCGGUACCAGCUCUGGAGCCGAUACAAGAUACAUUAUUGAUUGAAAACAACAAUUACAAAGUAACACCACCAUCAUCUUCAUCAAUUGGUGGUGUAAAUCUAAAAAAGGUUUCCACUGGGGCCGAACAACAAGCAAAAAAGAAUUUCACUCGCCAUUUGCCUGUCAGUACACCAGCAGAGCUCCGAGGUAGACCAGGAGCUGUGACUGAAGCACAAUGCAUUCAACUAGCAUCACAGAUGCACAAACAUCUUCAAUUACUGUUACAGUCCUAUCAUCUAUUGGCAAAAAAGGCUAGUUCACCGGAAUUAGCGACGUGCCGAGCGAUGAUUGAGGAACUGCAACAACGUGGAGAAAAAGCGCUCAAAUACAAGAAUGCAUUGCUGUUAAAACUUCAGCCAACAAUGACAAAAUCUAACGAAUCUAAUGGAACAACUGCUAGCGAAGGGUAUGGGGCAUCCGAGAAUUCGACUAGUAAUCAUCCUUCAGAAUUGAAUAGAUGUGAUGAGAACAGCAGCACGGAAAAUUUGCUGGCGCUGCGACGAGUGACGAGGUCACUGACUGCAGCACAUGCGGCUGUUGCCCACCCAUCGAUGUUUGAGCUGGUAGGAUCCCAGAAAGUUGACGAAUUUUCUGCUGUAUUUGAACAAGGUUGUUCGCUUGAAGAUCGCGAUCGUGUUAUACAAGUACAAAUGUUACAACUAGAUACGCACUUACAAACUGCCAAGAAACGGCGGAAAGGUAAAAAAGGAUACUCAAGUACGGAAGAUCUCUUGUUGGCUCAUGGAGUAAAACGAUUCGGUACACAAGCAAGCUCCUGGGAGCAAAUUCAAAGGCACUUUCUCCCGACCAAAACGGUGCAGAAUUUGCGCCACAGAUAUAAGUAUUUAAUUCGUCCAAACAAUCCCAUGAACGCAGUCAAAGCUUUGCAAUCCAAGCUUCAGCCACAACACCACAGCAAUAACUGGCUACUUGAAGAAGAUCUUCGCAUUGCCCGCGGCUUGAUUGAAUUUCACCAAGAAAAGUAUCGUUUUGCAUGUUUGGCGAAAAAACAUCUUCCUCAUCGCAGCCGUUUUGAAGUGCGAAAGCGGUGGGAACGAUUAGAGGCGAAAUUUCGAUCGGAUCUUGUCAAGGUUGGUCUUGAAGCACCUAAUAAAGGCUCUUUUGAUCUCGCAGUUGCAAUUAAAGAGUAUUUAGAAGAUAAAUUACGACAUCGAAUGUUUCGACAGAGUAAAGAAGCGGAAAAAGCGAAAGUAAAUGCAGCUCUUCAGCUCCAACAACUUGGUCAAGAAUUGCAAGAAAAAUGUUUACCGCAAGCGGUUGGGAACUGUCCUCCCAGUGGCCUCAACUGUGCACCUGGCAUGUCUUCUAUAAUAUCUGCUGCUCACAAGAAUGACACUAAUAAUUCUUGCCGGACGAAAAAUUUGCACCCUGCUCUAUUUUUCUCAUCAUGGUCGUUUAUUAGCCCCGCAACACUUUUAAAUUUUACUUGCAAGCAUAAUUGGCCUGCUUUUAUGAAUGAAGACACAGAGAGUACGGAGACAUCGCAAACUUAUGCUUUGGACGACAAUUUGCGGCUGUCGAUAAAUAACACAAUCGGUGAAGUGAAUAACUCAGACCCUUGCGCAAGCGAGCAAAUUCAAGACGUGACACCUUCCGAUCGAGGCGAAGGAUCAAUGAAUAAUAAUGAAAGAUUGGAGUUCACAGAUGACGAUGAAGUUGGUUCGUACGAAGAUGAAGAUGUCAAUGGUGAGAUGACGAGUGAGCAGAAACCUCUGUUGUUUGACUCGGAGGAAUCUUCUCUUCUCAGCGACUAUUCACUCUGGACAUCCUCAUAUUCGCCUUUGUCGUUAGACGACGGCACGAAAUCACCACCAAAACACCGAUAUCCUCUUCGACUUAAGAACUCAAACCAACAUGGCAAUGAACGGAUGUCGCGCGCUUUUGCAGCGUUAGAGCGUCGAAUGGUAGGCAAAAGUGUGGAUAAUUUCGAUCUAUUAUCUUUUGCGAGCACUCAAACUGCAUCAAAUACGCAUGCGAAGCGAAAAGUGGCAUCCACGCCAGUGCUACCUCGUGUUUCUGCUAAUGUAGUUGCCAAUGAGAAAGCACAUCAAGAGUAUUCAAAUGCGUGCGUAAGAGCUGGUGGACCGGACGAAAUUAACGAUGAUACAUGGGAAGACGAUUCUGAGACUGAAGAGUUUGAAGUUGUCGAACUUCCUUCCAGCUCUGAUGAUGAGCAUGCCUCAGUACCAUCAGAUGAAGACGAUCCAGAAUUACCCAUGGUAGAUCAUGGUGACAGAACAACUGUGGUUGCAAGCACCUCACAGCACGAAAUGAGAGACGAUUGUACCUCAUUGAAACCCAGCAAAAAGCAGAAGUUGCAGUUAUGUCCGACUUGCUGUCGGUCAAGAUGUACAUGCUCAUCCAGUGAGCGCAUGCAGUUGCUGUUGCAUCGGAUGAAAGAAAAACGUUCAUCAUCUUCGCUAAAUUGA